AUGAUUGAGCAUCCCCCAAUCCAUCAUCAUUCAUCCUCUACCUCAAUCUCUGCAAAUACAACUUUCUUAACACCUCAAUCAUCUACUGCAACCUCCCAGAAUGUCUCCUUCGAGCCGAAUGGCCUUUCCGGAACCCCACCCACAUCCCACGUACCUGACCUCGAUGAUUCGAUGUCCUCCGACGAUCAAUCCAUAUCGGACCCAUUUCAUCAGGAUGCAUACAUGAGUGAAGACGAUAUGGAGAGACGAAGGGUAACUGUAUCAUCUACGGCAAGGGGUUCCUCGCAUCCCUCCUUAACGUCUCAUGACGACUAUCGUUCCCAGGCUUCCAUCCACAGUAUUCCUCCACACACAGCUCCAUAUCAACCAGCGCAGUCUACAGGACAGGCUAGGAAGGAUAGCAAUCGAGAACGCUCCAUAGAUCGGGAAAACUAUAAAAGCUCUCGCAACACGAUGUCUAGUAGCUCUAUCCGAUCAUUGACCCCUCAUGGAAGGCCCAAUACUGCAGGUAAUUGCGCCACGGAUGUUCUUCAAAGCACCGUACGGACGGACACAUCAAAACAUCCUGCGACAGGAGAAGCGUUACCAACAUUCAAUACAGAUGCAAAGCCCCUAGCCAGCCGUUCAGCCAACAAGGAGAAGGUGCCGCCGCCUCCACCCAAAAGUCACCAUGGGAAGUUGAUCAAUUCCGGUGCCGGCUCAUCGCCCUCUCCCCAGCCCACACCUCCCAAACAUGCAAACUGCCUUUCCUUUCAUAGCUACUCUCCGGAUUCUUCAUCUCCACCCGGGCCAUCGCAGGUGGAAAAGGAUUGCUUCACUGGGUCGGCUGGUAGUGAACUCGAAAAGCCAAGUGAGCCUUUAAGACGCAGCCAAUCCCAGUACAAGCGACCACCAACCCCACCGCUGAGUAGGCGGCAUAGCCAGAUGAGAAGAUCCAAAACCACUUUAUCCAAGCCAAACCCAAGUAGGCUUUCUAUGCCAGCCGUAAAGAUGGAGGGCACCGAAUCACCCCCUCCUAGUCCAAGCUCCUGGACCUUGAACCCUUCGCGGGCCCGGGAUGCCGAACUUAGUGCUUCAUCUGGGGAAACUCCUCGGAGGCCUUCGCUACAGCAUCAAAACUCUGGUGCGGCAAUAUCGACGCUGGGCACCGAGGUCUCAACUCCAUCGUCUCGGUCCAAUUCCCGGACACCUACGAAACGAUCAUCGAUAGGUAACCCUCUGCCGCCGCCUCCGCCCCCACGGCGCACCCGGGGUUCUAGCAGCCAGAGUAAUGAUAGUACCCGACCGAGUCUCCAGUCGGAAAAGCAACCGGAAGUACCUAAAGAAUAUAUUCCUCACCCGUCUAAUGCCAGUGGUAUUCUGGCUGAUUUGUCGCGUCUGCAAAAGGAAGUAGAUGAUCUUCGGGUUCACUACGAAAGUCGUAAGGCCAGCCAUUGA